AUAGGGCUCAGGUGCCUCCCCACAUCCCCGGCCGUCGGGGUUGGGCGAGUGGUUCCACUCCCCCCGAUGUCGCACCCCAAUCCGCCACCACCUCUACCGCUGCAAAAAUCAGCGCAACCAUCUCUUCCGCCCCCGGCGGCGGCGACAUCUCUAUACAAGCAAAAAUCUUGGUCACCGGAUACGUACAGAGACGAAGCAUGGCUACGGCGGAAGGGAAAUCACGGCCUACGUCGCAAUCGGCGGAGUAAGAGCGUCACCGACGAAGAUGUCGAUGAGCUCAAAGCCUGCAUCGAACUGGGCUUCGGGUUCGACUCUCCGGAUAUGGAUCAACGUUUGUCCGAUACUUUCCCGGCUUAUGGCCUUUACUACGCCGUCAAUAAGCAGUACUACGACACCGUUUCAAAGUCCUCAUCUUGUUUGUCUCCGUUAACAUCUACGGCCUCCGAUUGUGACAUACCGUCCCCCCUUGGUAGCCCCCACACCAUAGUUGGCCCAGGAGAUAAUCCUCAAACAGUGAAGACAAGGUUGAGACAAUGGGCACAAGUUGUUGCGUGUUCGGUGCGUCAAUCUUCAAGCUGAUCGAAUAAUGACGACGACGACGACGUCUGUCACAAGGGUUCAAGGCAAAGUAAACCAUAAUUCAUGGAAAGUAGCCAAACACCAACCAACCAACUUGUUUAAUAUUUCCGAUCUUUUCUCCGGCGCCGCCGCCACCACCCUGAUUGAUUAGCUUUGUUUGGUUAUUGUAAUUGUAAUCUUCGUCAAAUGGGAAAACGACUUGGUUUAAGGAUUUGACUUUUUCUUUGUGCUGGCUAUGAUUGCUAUUUUUAUAAUGCUUGUUCUUCUUCUUUUUUAAUCUUUCCACUUGGUUUAGGCAUUAGAUUUUGUUUUGGGGUUACAGGUUUAGGUAUUAGAUUUCAUAUCUGAUGUGAGAAAGGUCAAAAGUUGUUUCUUCGAUUGAGUGAUGAAU